GAUGAUGAUGAUGAUGGCGAUUUUAGGAUGGUUUUGAUGCUGAUUAGAACUCUGAAGAACAGCUGUCGAUGUUGUGUUUUGCCUCUGUGCACUGUCUGUCAGCACCGGUGUGUCUGAUCUGACUUAAAGCUGUUCAUUUGCAUUUAUUGACGGUGUUUCCUCCUUUCUAGAUCCUUGUUUGUGUUGUACUGUGUUGCACCUUUUAUGCAUGAAAGUAUUUAGCCUAUAUUUUAUUAUGUUAUUAUAGUGGGAUAAAUUGAACACAUCUAAAAGUAUAUGUUCUGAAUACAUUUCGAUACUGUGACGUCCUGCCCUCUGUCUGCAUUUGUUUGGCUUCCUGGCUUAGCAGACAGUAGGCAGAGUCAGGAAGGCCAUUAGUCGAACUGGGUACACUGGAGUCCAUCAGGACUCUGCUUAUAAGUGGCUUCCACUCUAACUUGUGUCUCUCCUCUCUUUCUCUCAGGCCUCCACCAACUGGUUUGCUUUUGUUUGCACUCUACAACUCUACACUCAUCCAUACAUUGCAUUCAUGACUGAUUUAUCUAAUUAUUUGUUUGUUUUAACUUAGUUUGAUAUUAAAUUAACUUCCUUUAAACCUUGUUUCAUGUGUGAUACCCUUCCUUUGUCACUUACUUCGAGCCAGUUCGUGACAAUACACACAUGUAAUCCUAAGCCGUGAGAACAGUUAUGUUGAGGUUUGUCGUCCAAUGGUAGCCCACAUACACAAUUCAGUCCCUGUGGGAGGAGGAUUGUGUACAGCAUGCUGAACAACGGGGGAGUUUUCUUACUCCUUGUAGAACAUCUUUAGCCUGAUACCACUACUACAAUCAUCUGCAGCUUCCGUAUGAAAUGAUGUCUGGUAUCAUAAGAAAAAAGUGCCCGCUUGUGACUCGACGGCUGAUUCUUUGGGUUUUACUGACCAACUUCAUUCUGGUGCUGUACUGCUGGACAAACCAAACAAAAGUGAAUAUAAGGGACUCCAAAGAAGACACGUGUCCUCUCAGAAUGGCAAAAUUAUCGAAGAGAAAUGUGACUUCUCACGGCACCAAAUCCAGAUCAAAGAAGUGCUCCCCCAAAGUGAACAUCAUGUUUAUGAAGACUCAUAAAACAGCCAGCAGCACCGUGCUCAACAUCCUCUUCAGAUUUGGAGAAAAGCACAAGCUUCAAUUCGCCUUCCCUGACGGACGCAAUGACUUCUUCUACCCAUCACCUUUCCUGUGCUCACAGGUGAAGGACUACACACCUGGGGACUGUUUCAACAUAGUUUGUAACCACAUGCGGUUUGACCAUCAGGAAGUAGCCAAACUCCUGCCCCCAGACGCUGUGUACAUCACCAUCCUACGUGACCCCGUGGAUCUCUUUGAGUCGUCCUUCCAUUAUUACCACAGAGCGGUUCCUCUUACAUGGAUGAUCAGUGGACAGAACAAACUGGCUGAGUUUCUGAACAGUCCUCAGACCUACUACAGCCCAGACGCUUUUAACUCUUUCUAUCUUAGAAAUCUGCUAUCUUUUGACUUUGGCUUUGAUAACAACGUGGAAGCUGAUGAUCCUCGUGUAAUGAGGAAUAUUCGUAACCUAUUGAGUCAGUUUGAUCUGGUUCUCUUGGCAGAAUAUUUCGAAGAGUCUCUUAUCUUGCUUAAGGACAAACUCUGUUGGACCAUGGAGGACAUCCUGUAUUUUAAACUUAAUGCCCGCAAGAGAUCAUCUGUAUCCCGACUCACCCCUGAGUUGAGAGCCAAAGCAUUAAGGUGGAACGGGGCUGAUUGGAAACUCUACCUUCACUUCAAUGCUACAUUCUGGGCCAGAGUGGAGGAUUAUGGGAAAGAAAGAAUGAGCCAGGAAGUCAAAGAGCUCAGGAGAAGAAAUGCUGAGAUGAAGGCCACCUGUAUCGAAGAAGGAGGUGCGGUUGAAGCACAAAGGAUUCAGGACAGGCGUUUCGUUCCCUGGCAGCCGGUUGGAGAGGCUUCCAUCCUGGGGUACAACAUGAAGAAAAAUCUUGAUCCAAACUUCAGGACAAUCUGUGAGAAAAUGCUCACCCCUGAAAUACAAUACUUAUCAGACCUGGGUGUUAGCUUGUGGCUAACAAGACUGUGGGGUUGGUUUAAAGAUGCUGUUUUGACUAUUUGACUGAGAUUAUAACAUCACAAACUUAAUUACAGAUAACAUGUCUACGUUGAAGAUGUUAUGUAUUAAUUUAUUGAAGCUAUCUAUUUUUACAUGUUUUUUUUAAAAGUUCAUUGCAGACACAUUUUUCAUGGUUUGAUUAUUAAAACAUUACCUUCAAGCUUGUACUUGAAUCUUGUAUAAUAAAGAGGAAAAAAAAGGUGAUUUGGGCAAACAAGCUUUAAAAGUUACACUCUCGUGGUAUGUCAUUCUACCUUAACUUGUAAAAUGUUGCAGUCAACAAUCACCUCUCAUCGUCCCGACAAUAGAGUCCACUGAAGCACGGAUACGUGUGAUCAAAGUUUUAUUUCUGGUUUGGGGGAACAAAUAAUAACAUUGU